AUGAACGAUUCCGAAGAGCUCACCGAGGCGGACGAUAUCGAUCCUUCCUUGAUCGAAGAAGUCGAACCCGAUUACCACUAUCCAACUCUAAGACAUAAUUUUCACUGGAUCACGCGGAUCUACAAAUUCCAUCAGUUUUCUAGCCAAGUGUGCGCGAUGAAUCCAAAUUUCGUAGUGAAGCGUGCACCAGUCGAACGACACUGGUUUUGGCUCUUGGAGAAAAGAUUGAAGGAUUGGCCCCAGGCGCCAAAAUCUACCGAGGAGAAAGAGGAUCUUUUGCGCUUGGCUUUCGAACAAUGCAAAUUGCCUGUGAUUGAAAGUUUCUGGGCUGAGCGAGCUAUGAAGGCUGGAGACCCUAGUGUUGCGCAAAGCAGCAUUGAUGCCGAUUUUACCAUCUCCCAGUGUAUAGAGAUGUUAGCCUUUACUCAAGAUGAUUUUCGUAAUCCAAAUGGUUCGAUCUUAGCUGUCGUCCCAAAUCAGACAGCUACGGACACGGUGUCCGCAGAGCAACAGGCUAUCAAUGAAGCCGAGCAAGCUCGUUUGUUUGGCGAAAGUCGGGAGCGAACUGGUCUUGGUGUUGCUAGCGGUGGUGUUAGCGUUGGUGAAUCUGGUGGUGUUAGCUUUGGUGAUUCUGGUGAAGAUGUUGACGCGGAUGGAGAUGUUGCUAUGGGAUAG